AUGUGUAUAAAAUCUUUCUUCCACCCUAAAGAUUGAAAUAAAUUUCAUUAUUCCUCCAAUUUGUUUUCAUAGUAUUAGAUAUAUCCCUCUCUGGGCCUUCGCCAACCACAUAUGUCUGAGAAAGUUAGGUUACCUCUCAGUCGAAGCAUGUCGUACGCAGUCUAUCGUGUUGCUAAUCUCGGCGCCCCCCGUAACCAUCACACAAUAUUCGUCGAAACUAGUGAGGAUGGUCCUGAAACCGGCUGCCUGUUCCAUGUGAAAGGUGACAUUCAAAAUGGAAUGUCUUUCGAGGACAAAACCAUAAGGAAGCCUGAUGCAUUGAUUUCGUUAAAUAUGCUACCGCCAAAGAAGCAAUUCCAUGGACCGAAGAUACUGUAUCCCGAUGAACCUCUCCGCCGGUGCCAAGAGUGGACUGCUAAGGUUAUAGAAGCGCUGACCAACGCUCAAGUUCUGCAGCGGCCAUCAUUAUUGAAGCUACUGGAGUGGAACCCUCUAUUUCCACAGGUCGCUGUUGAGCAAGGCCUUGCUGGGUGGACUGUACAGAAAGUGCUGAGAAGGACUUCUCUUCAGCAGGUAGUAUUGUAUCAUCUUGAUUUUGAAAAGCAGAAAAAGACAUUGAUGUUGAUUAAAUUGAGACCAUAAAUCAAGAUACAACAUGUUCAACCAAGGGAACUCGGCGUCGAAGGGUUGUAGAAUUUUGGCAACCCAUUCAUCCCAAUCAUCAUCCCAUCUGCUCGCACACAUUGCUAGGGAAUAUUCCUAGUAGCUGGGGUACCAUCCAGCUGUUUCCCAGUCUAUGAUAGUCACCUCAUAUUUGCUAUUAUUGGCGUUAUUGGGCAGUUGUUUAAUCAUAAUGUUCUUGCGCUGGAAGUCC